AGACUUUGUUCACCUCUGUUCCUGGAGCUGGAAUAGUGCCUGGCACACGGUGGAUCCUCAGUGCUGUUGUUGGCUGGCUGGGAUGCCUGUGACUAGGACUUACGAUCCUCGUGCAGCCUGUGCCAGGGCUCAUUUUCAUGGUGCCAAGAGAAUCUGAUGCCUACUAACUGGAGAGGUGAAGAAGUGCUGCAGUCUUGUGAAUAUUCAAGCAUUGCUACCUCCCGUGGGAGCGAGCCGCCGCAGUGUCUCGGGAGUGUCCUGCAGAGCUGGUGAGAAGCAUCUUGUGCCUGGAGAUUCCUGAAAGAUUUGAUCACCAGGAGGUUUUUCGGGACAUUAUCAAAGCACUCAUUUUUGUGGCCGCCUCCCGGCGGUGAUGGCCCCCUGAGCGGCUGCCAUGGCCCACCGGAACCGCCAGAGCACUGCCACCAGCAUGCUUGACCACAGGACCCGGCCAGGCCCCCUGCCCCGUGGCCAGGAGCCCGAGAACAAGGAGGCAGAGCUGCCCUUGGAGGCCUACGUGCCCACGGGCCUGGAGCUGGCCGCCCUGAGGCCCGACAGCCCCACGCCAGAGCGGCAGCAGUGCCACAACCACAGCCCUGACGGGGACUCCAGCUCUGACUAUGUGAACAACACCUCUGAGGAAGAGGAUUAUGACGAGGGCCUUCCCGAAGAGGAGGAGGGUGUCACCUACUACAUCCGCUACUGCCCUGAGGAUGACAGCUACCUGGAGGGCAUGGACUGCAGCGGGGAGGAGGACAUGGCCCACGGCACGCACCCGGUGGACACUGAUGAGUGCCAAGAGGCCGUGGAGGAGUGGACAGACUCGGCGAGCCCGCACGCCCUUGGCCACGGGGUUGAAGACAGCCCAGACUACCCAGACGGCCACCUGCCCAUCCCAGAGGAUGAGCCUUCUGUCCUAGAGGUCCAGGACCAGGACGAAGGCAGCCACUACUGUCCUGGCAAAGAGGGCUACCAGGACUACUACCCCUCAGAGGCCAAUGGGAACACAGGCAGUGCUUCCCCCUACCGCCCGAGGCGUGGGGACGGGGACCUGGAGGACCCGGAGGAGGAUAUCGACCAGAUCGUGGCCGAGAUCAAGAUGAGCUUGAGCAUGACCAGUAUCACCAGUGUCAGCGAGGCCAGCCCUGAGCACAUGCCCGAACUGGGGCCCGCAGACUCCUCAGAGGCCUGCGUGCCUGGCGAGGCCAGCCAUGGGCCCAGCCGGCACGAGGCCAGGCCCAAGUCACUGGACCUCCCUCCCGAGGCCAAGCACCCUGCAGAUGCCCAGAGAGGCUUCAAAACCAAGAUCAGGACCCCGGAGGAGAGGCCAAAGUGGGCCCAGGAGCAGGUUUGCAAUGGCUUGGAGCAGCCGAGGAAGCAGCAGCGUUCUGAUCUCAAUGGACCCAUUGACAAUAAUAACGUCCCAGAGACAAAGAAGGUGGCAUCAUUUCCAAGUUUUGUGGCUGUUCCAGGUCCCUGUGAGCCAGAGGAUCUCAUCGAUGGGAUCAUCUUUGCCGCCAACUACCUGGGGUCCACGCAGCUGCUCUCUGAGCGCAACCCCUCCAAGAACAUCCGCAUGAUGCAGGCACAAGAGGCCGUCAGCAGGGUCAAGAACUCCGAGGGGGACGCGCAGACGCUGACGGAAGUGGACCUCUUCAUCUCCACACAGAGGAUCAAAGUUCUAAAUGCAGACACACAGGAAACCAUGAUGGACCACGCCCUGCGUACCAUCUCCUACAUCGCCGACAUCGGGAACAUCGUGGUGCUGAUGGCCAGGCGCCGCAUGCCCCGCUCGGCCUCGCAGGACUGCAUCGAGACCACCCCCGGGGCCCCAGAGGGGAAGGAGCAGUGCAAGAUGACCUGCCACGUGUUUGAGUCGGAAGACGCCCAGCUGAUAGCGCAGUCCAUCGGGCAGGCCUUCAGUGUGGCCUACCAGGAGUUUCUGAGGGCCAAUGGCAUCAACCCCGAAGACCUGAGCCAGAAAGAGUACAGUGACAUCAUCAACACCCAGGAGAUGUACAACGACGACCUCAUCCACUUCUCAAACUCCGAGAACUGCAAGGAGCUGCAGCUGGAGAAGCACAAGGGGGAGAUUCUGGGCGUGGUGGUCGUGGAGUCGGGCUGGGGCUCCAUCCUGCCCACGGUGAUCCUGGCCAACAUGAUGAAUGGUGGUCCGGCAGCCCGCUCGGGAAAGCUGAGCAUCGGGGACCAGAUCAUGUCCAUCAAUGGCACCAGCCUGGUGGGGCUGCCUCUCGCCACCUGCCAGGGGGUCAUCAAGGGCCUGAAGAACCAGACGCAGGUGAAGCUCAACAUUGUCAGCUGUCCACCUGUCACCACAGUCCUCAUCAAGCGACCCGACCUCAAGUACCAGCUGGGCUUCAGUGUGCAGAAUGGAAUCAUCUGCAGCCUCAUGAGAGGGGGCAUUGCGGAGAGAGGCGGGGUCCGCGUUGGCCAUCGCAUCAUCGAGAUCAACGGGCAGAGCGUGGUGGCCACGGCCCAUGAGAAGAUCGUCCAGGCUCUGUCCAACUCGGUCGGGGAGAUUCACAUGAAGACCAUGCCUGCCGCCAUGUUCAGGCUCCUCACGGGCCAGGAGACCCCGCUGUACAUCUAGGCCCACCCAGCCUCUGCCAUGGAGCCGGGGAUGCCAGGCAGGCCUGCCUGCCCAGAGUCGGAUGCCAGAACAAAGCCCUGACCCCCGACCCUGCAGCCCAACCAAGGACACUGGCUCGCCCAAAGGGCAUGCCCUCGCCACCCAAUUUGGAGUCUCUUUGUUUGUUUUUUGUUCAGGAGGGUUGCCAGAAAGGGGUCUGUCUUUAUCACCAGAGCGUCGCAGGAACAAACCUUUGUAAAUCGUUCAAGUAUUUUGCCACCUUGGGAACUGUUUCUCAUUAUAACUGACAAAGGGUGUUUGUGUGUCCCUCUGUGUGGUGUAGAGUGUGUCGCUCCUCCCUGAAGCUGUAGAGCGCAAAUGUGGGUGCCCGCCCAUGCGGCCGUGAAGGGAGCUCUGAGGGACACAGCUCUGGGCGGUGGCAGGCAGCGUGUACCCCCUGGUUGAGACACCCCAGGUUCUGCAGGGUCCCAGAUGGACCCAUACAGUUGACUCUGCCCCUGCUUCCCCCGGAGUGCGGGCGUGUCUAGCCCCCAGGUUGCAGCUUGUGCCGAAAGUGUGGGAACACGGGCAGAUUGUAUUUUCCUAGAAAGGAGAUAUUCUUGAGUUAAAUAAAGAUUCGUGGCCACAACAUCAAAACUCCACAUUUAUUUAGAGAGUGUCACCACUUGGACUUCUAUUUUGGCAAGCUGUUCUUUGGAUCUGUGGGGCUUUCCAGAGGCCUGAGACCAUGCCUGCUUCUCCUGUCCCAACCUGUGCUCUGCAUCACCUGAGUCCCCGUGGACUCGCCUAGGAACCCGCCCUCCCCACCACUGCUCCACCACCGGGCCCCCAUGGGUGGGCCACGCUGACGACGCUGCCAGGACACGGGCCGUGGCAAGGCGGCCCUUCCUCUUUAUGGCCUAUCCACAUGUGUCACACUUCCCCUGCCCAAAACCUUGACCUCCGCCCUUCCUGAGGCCGCCAGCCGCAAGCGCUAAUUCCCUGGCAAGCCAGGCGCCCCUGCGACGCGCAGUAUUAGAAUGUGUGUAGGGCACGGGACACAGCGUCUGGUUCAGUUCCCCCGAGACCCAUGUUCACUGAUGUCAUUUUGUCUGGAAGUCCCUCUCUUUGGCCCAGGCCUUGAAGAAUACACUGUGACUUAAGAAGCCUUACCACGCAGUAACUAAAGCUUUAGGAUUACUGUCCGCGAGGAGUAACCUGUGUGUUGCAUGCUGCUGACCGUAGGAAGACUUCGCACAUAUCUCUAAUAAACCUGACAUCCUGAAGAGACGAUGCUCCUGCUGUGGUUGAUGUGUUAGCCAAGGGUGCGCGUCCAAGCGGCCUCUGGGCGCUGCACCCCAGGCAUGGCUCUGGCCCUGUGGCGACAGCCAUCCCUCUCCCACUUCUGGGGCUUUGGGAGCCUGCACUCGUGAGAUCCAGGUGGACGUGAGGUCGCCGGGGAUAGCAAGUGGUG